CUUAAUGGGCGGACAGAACCGAUAGCUAAUGUCAGUGCGCCGAGCCGCGUCAUUGUUUUGAUCCGUGGUGUCGUUAAAUAACACAGAAAAGAUCAUGUCGGAAGGAAACGAAAACACAAAGACCGUAGAUACGACGGACGAGCAGAAAGACGUGGAGAGUGACGUGAUUUGUCCGGAGAGAGCGGAGGAGGCCAAACUCAAGGCCAGGUAUCCAAACCUGCCAGCCAAAGCGGGAGGCUCCGAUCUGCUCCGGAAACGACUGCAGAAAGGGCCAAAGUACUUCGACUCGGGUGACUACAACAUGGCGAAGGCCAAGAUCAAGAACAAGCAGCUUCCGUCAGCGCAGCCGGAGAAGGCGGAAAUCACCGGCGAUCACAUCCCCACGCCUCAGGAUCUGCCUCAGAGGAAGACCUCGCUGGUGGCCAGCAAACUGGCCGGCUGAUCGGCGCCGCUCGCACCGACGGCUCGCUCCUCUCUCAUCCUCUCUCCCAUUAACACGCCGUAGUUUAUUUCUGUUCAGCUUCCGUUCUCUUCCUCUUUUACCUCCAUGUAUGAGCCACACCGAAGCCAGAGCCGCCCGCCUCGGGGAUUAUGGGUAGCGGUGGUAUGUGAAGGCCUCCUGUGCAGUAGGUGUAGUAGAUGAACCUGUACAUAUUUGCUCGUGGGUGAUCCGCGGCGCUCGGCUUUAGAAAGGUUUCUACGAUCGCCGUUCCUGAAGCCUCGAUGAUUCGAAUGAUCGAACUGCCUGAACGAUUCAGAAUCGAAUACGACUCCCGAUGACGCGCGCGAGCCGUCCCCCGUCCCCAUCAUGAGUUUACCAGUUAACGUUUGAGCUUGGAACACCGAAUGGGCCGCACCGCCGUUGCUAGUCACGGUAGACGCGCGUGGCCGUCGUCGGCUCCGUCCCCAACGUCACGAUCGUAAAAGCAGCAGUCGUGAACCUGAAGGUUGUGCCUAGCGCGCCAAACCGUCGCUCCAUAAGCUUCCGAAGCGAAACACUACAACAUCUGGGCAUGUGUGUGUCCACCACGGUCACUUCUGUGCCAUUCGAUUUGUAAAUAAAAUAGUUUUGCAAACCUG